CUGCCGUCGUGGGGCAGGGGCUCGCGGCAGGAGGCGGGUGUCAGGAUUUCCUGGAGAUCAGUUAGCAACUUCCUUUCUCUUCUUGCGGCGAGGUGGGAGUGGGGGCGGCGGGGGAGCCCGGUGAAAGCCAGGGUUCCUCCUCCUUCGGGGGCAUUGUGUGCCGUGGGACCUGGCCCCGCCCCCCUCCUGCCAGACACCUAGGGCCUCCCUGGCGGUGGAGACUUUGACCCCAAUAUUAGCCUCCGCUUGUCCUACCAGCUCCUUCCCUUCUGUGUCAGAAAGCAGGGCCCAAGCUCUGGACGCCUGGGCUGGCCCUGUCUCCAGCUCUGAUCUGCCAUGCUGGGUGACCUUGGGGACGCCCCAGCCCUCUCUGGGACUGUGCUUCCCAGCUUGUGCCCCAGGGGAGAGGAGCCUGCCUGCUCUCUACUGGGAGAGGGCAGGACAGCAGGCCAGACGGUGCAGGGUGUGACUGGCUGCCUGACCCAAGGCUGGGCGACCUCCCGGUGGGCCACUGGGAGGCGGGGGUGGGGUCUGAGCACUGCCCCAGCCUUCCUGUUCCUCCCUCAGACCCUCUACAAGAGGGGGACAAGCUUCCCUGGCCCGGCAUGGCAGCUUAGCCUGCAGACUGAGAUGGGUCUAGAACAUGCCUUCGCAACGAAGGCUGAACUUGCUGCGCGGUCUGCAGCGGCCCAUCUGCAGAGUCAGGUUCAUGGGUGGGCAUGGUGUCCCUGCUCACGCAUGGGCGGUCAGUAGUGUUCAUGUCAACGCUGGGUGGAGUCAGCAACCUCAAGGGGUAGGUGCUGUGAAUGCCCCUGUUCAUGGCCACCCUGGUGCUCCCAGCCACCCCCGGCUGGUCCCCCCUCAGUCAAUGGGGAGAGACCGGCUGGGAGAGGAGCUGGGUCACUUCUCAGCUGGGGUCCUGCAGAGGGAGGUUGAGGAACAGAGCCUGGGGUGGGAUACCUCCAAGUGCCUGGACCGCCGGCUUUGCCUGCAGCUCUGUGGUUUAGGCGACCCACACCCUCUCUGGGCCAGCCUGCAGGGUGUCUUUCUGCUCCUGUCCCCACCAGGGGACAAAGCUUGUGACAAGGAACUGAGCUCAGGAAUUGUCCCACCUUUUGUCACUGGUGCUGUCUUUACUGUUGUCAUUAGCAACUGAGGUUUCAUUUUAAUUACUUUUUUACACUUUUUUUUUUUUAAAGAAAGCUUAUUUAUUUAUUUGAAAGUCAGAGUUUCAGAAAAGGAGAGGCAGAGAGAGGAGAGAAGGAUCUUCUAUCAGCUGGUUCACUCCCCAAAUGGCCACAAUGGCCAGGGCUGAGCCAGGCCAAAGCCAGGAGCCUCAUCCAUGUCUCCCACAUGGGUGCAGGGGCCCAAACACCUGGGCCAUCUUCCACUGCUUUCCCAGGCACAUUAGCAGGGAGCUGGAUUGCAAGUGGAGCAGCCGGAACUCAAACCUUUACCCUUAUGGGAUGCUGGCACUGCAGGCGGUGGCUUUACCAACUACACCACAGCACUGGCCCCUCAUUUUAAUUAUUUUAAGUAACGGUAUAAAAAUAAUGGUGGUUUUACCAAAUAGGCUUCCAUUCUUGAGCCCUGGUUGUUUGUUCCAGGGGGCUGGGGUAGGGUGACAGAGACCCCCCCUCCCCACUUUCCUGCAUCCCUGCACCUACAUCCCUCCCCACCAUCUGGGAGCAGCCAGGAUGAAAUACAAGCAGAUAAUCAUUGAAUGCUCAUUCAUUCAUGCAUGUGUUUUGGCCACUGGGUUUUCAACAGUGAUGAAACAGACUCAAAUCCCUGCCCUGGGGUUUCCAGUCUGCUGAGCUGGCGGGCAGUCCGUGAGACACAGUAAAAGCUACAGUAUGUGAUGUGAUCCUAGAGCUUUGGAGGAAAAUUAAGCAGAGGAAGGGGAGGGGGAGUGCUCUGGGGGAGUGGACGUGCCGGAGCCAGCUUUGCAGCCUUCUGGGACAAGUGUCGCGGUGAGGCUGCCCCACAGGAUUGCAGAGCUAAGGAUGCCUGGCCGCCCUGCGGAGCCAGAGCCCAGGGGGAAGGCGGUCCUGGCAGCCUUGCAGAGCUCCGAGUCCUCCAGGCAGGAGAGGGUCAGGCAGCAGGUGUGUGCAGGGCUGAGUGGGUGUGGGAAAAAGGGGGACAUGGGAUGUAGAGGGGGAAGGGGCCAAGGCUGCCCUCUGGGAGUCUGUACCCCAGGGGGCUUCUGACAAGGUUGUUAGGGGACCAGCUUUUCACCAUAGCAAAAGUCCGCCUGCUUGCAGUGUUCGUGAUCCCCCGGCUGGGGAUGAAGUCACAGGGCCCUUGGCCAUGGCUGUCAUGGACACAGAAAUGGAAGGGAGUUCUGGAGGGGCUGAAGCCAAAUGCAUUCGCUCCUCCACCUGCCCCGAAGGGUUGAAAUGCUGCGGGAAGAGCUGCUGCCAGGAAAACGAGUUCUUCUCUGGCCCCUUGAGGAUCUUCGUCAUCAUCUUCCUGGUCAUCCUGCCCGUCUUGUGCAUCUGUGGCCUGGCCAAGCGCUUCUGUCGCAACUGCAGACAGCCAGAGCAGGAUCCCGCACCGGACCGCCAGGGGCCCCCGGAAGUGCCCCCCGUAGCUUCCCCGGAGAGAGUCUGGGUGUCUGCCUGUGAUCCCCCACCCCCCUACAGCGAGAUCGUCCUGAAGCCUGCCCUAGGCCCGACCCCCUUGGAGCCGCCGCCACCCUACAGCCUCUUGCCCGAAGACCAUGCUGAGAUGCCAACGGGCACUGACAACCCAGCCUUCUGAGCCACCUCCUCCCCGCGCCUCCCAGAGCGACUCAGAGACUCUGCCACCCUGGAAUGCCUGCACCCGUCCCGCCGGCCUCCGGUCAGCCUCGGAUUUAACUUAUUGCUUUUCCUGCCCCGCUUCCGCCCCAGCUGCCUAUCCUGUCCUGAGGGCUGGGCUGCAGCAACAGAAUCCGCCCCUUCCCGCAGUUGGAGACAGCCAGGAGGAAACUGUCGGUGCCCAACCGUGGUGCCGGCUACUCGGCAGGGUAGUGAGAGCCCUGUCUCUGGAGGCAUACAAGUCUUGACUGGCCAGCCAGCUUGGGGCUACUAUGGAGGCCCUUCUGCACCCAUGGGAGAUGGGACUGGGUGACUAGAAAAAGCCCCACUGUAAACCCCCUGCGAUGCACACUAAAUGUGUGUCCUCACUAAACGUUGGCUGACUGUG